AGGACACUUUAUGGCGGACCCGCAUACCCAGAAGCGGGUUGAAUGAUCCCACCGCACGGCCUGACAUUUUGAACCCUGCUAGUGCUGGGCCGUUUUUUCGCGCAUAGCUGCAGGCGUAGUCCCAGCGAUGGCUCCGAUCCCCUGGGAGGAGGCUGACCCAUUCAGCAUCUCCAUGUACGCGCAGGAGUCUACGUACUGGGCGAGCCUCCAGGAGAGUGACACCCUGAUGCGCGUGUGCCGCGAGCUGUCGGCAGGGAGGUCCAGCGAGGCGGUGGAGAGUAGCAUCGAGCAGCUCUGCAAGAUGUGCUGGGCAGAGGCUCUUGAGGCCAUUGACAGCCACACCCUGCUCAUUGCGGCGCGGGCCGAGGUGGACCACCUGAAACGGCGGCUCGCCCAGUGCAGCUUCCAGAGCGUGAAGCAGAUCCUUGAUGAGGACGAAAUCACGGAGAAGAGGUUGCACAUCGAUGCAGUGGAUCUGAAACAGCUAGAUCAGGAUCAGACGGAGAAGCAUCUGGAGAAGCUCUGCAAAGACGCCGCGACUCCGCGAGGAACCGGGACGCAGGACAUAGGCGUCAACACAGAGGGAGACGAGGUGGAAGUCCGGCAGCGCUGCGAGGACCUCACAGCGCGCCUGGGCCGCAGCGAGGCGCAGAACGCCGAACUCCGGCGCCGCCAGCGCCGCCUCGAGGAGCAGCUAGCGGAGAGCUCCGAGGAGCUCCACAGAACUCAGGAGCGCCUGGACGAGGCGGUGGAGCGCCUGGAGGAGUCCGAGUCCACCAAGGUGGUGUUGGAAGGGGCGUACGAGAAGCUUCAAGAGGACCAUGAGUUCGAGCUGAAAGCGGGAGAGGACGCGCGCCAGGAGGUCUCCAGGCUGCAGACGGAGGUCCACCGUCUCCGCGAGGACCGCAAGGCCAGCCGGAGGCCUUCCCGGCGGCCCGAUAGCCGGCCACCCUCUUCGCCUUUGCCACUGCUGCAGGGCCCGCUGAGCUACAGCGAGGCGGCGUCACUGGAGGAGUCCCCGGGCUUCACGGUGAAUCGGAAGAAGGCCAUGCAGGUCUCCACAUCCUUGCCCUCCCUCGCCUCCAAAGGCGAGUCUGCAGGCCUGGCACAGUCAGGCAGCUCCAUCUUGCCACGCAGCAAGAGGCCAUUUGUUAUGUGACGCGCCACGAAUUCCCGAGAAGCUUGACGGCCAGUUGGCGGAGUGCUUUUGGUGCAAAAUCAGCGUCAAGAGCCUCUAAGGCACGCGAGGU